UUUAAUCCCAGCACCGGGUGAGGAGGGCAGCAGGAAGGAUCUCUGUGAGUUUGAGGUAUUCUGGUCUACAAAGCAAAACCCCUGUCUAAAACAAACAAAGCUAAUUAAAAUGAUGAUGAUGAUGAUGAUGAUGAUGAUGAUGAUGAUGAUGAUGAUGAUGAUUUAUGAGAUCGUAUUGGGGGGGCAACCUUUGGGAGGCAGCUCUUUCCUUCUACCUUGUUUUUGAGGCAGGGUUUCUCUCGGUUCUGCCAGGGUGCGUAUUCGAAGUUAGUUGACCGACACUCCAUGGUUUCUCCCCUCUCACCACGGGAAUGCUGGAACUAUAGAUAUGUGCUAGUGUGUCAGGCUUUUAGGUGGCUUCCAGGGAUCUGGUUAGAUUGUUAGGCUUGCCCAAUCUUCUUGCCAGCCCUAGGUUCUUAUCUUUUGAGGGAAUGUAUUCAGUUUGGCAGAAAUUUACGUAGUAAAGGCACAGAAGCAAAACUACGCAAAGCUAAGCAAAGUAAGAACUUCAAAGACAGCCUGGAGUGGACUACCUCAAAAUGGGGACGCUGUGUUGUGGAGUUUAUGGAAGUCUGAAUGAAUAUUUAUGAGGUAAGUGGCAUAUUCACGAGUAAGGUGACUCCUCUUCUGUCUAAAAAUACAGUGGGCCAGAUCUUUUCUUCUAGGUACUUCCUCCUAUGAUCGCCACACAAGAUGAGGGGUGUAAAUGGUAUUACAAGGGAAUGAGGUCUUUUGAGGCUGCAGACCCUUUGUUAUGACCCUUUGUGUGGGAUGCCCUGGUGAGUUCGUUUUUGCUCCGGUGGGAACAGCCUCACUACAGCUUCAAGGACCUUCAACCACAAAAGAACUGUGGCACACACAGCUAACAAGAUGCAACGGUGGUUUUCCUUGGUUACCUAACAUCUAGUACCUUGCCAGGGUGGGGGCUGGGGACGGUCCACUCCGGGUAGGAGGUGAGGCUGCAGGUGCCAAGACGACUUUGUUUUUUCCUAAUCUGUCUUUCCUCUUUCCCUUGGUUCUUUUUUUUUUUUCCCCCGGAGCUGGGGACCGAACCCAGGGCCUUGCGCUUCCUAGGUAAGCGCUCUACCACUGAGCUAAAUCCCCAGCCCCCUGUCUUUCCUCUUAUCUAGUGGGCUUUGCUAUCUCGUCAUCAGCUACAAGCCCUUUUAUUUCUCAUCCCCCAGAGUUCCUAUCACUGUUUUAAACCCAACAUCCAUUUUAACUCGCGUAUUUUACUCUAUAAAAGCAGAAAAAUGUCUCUUGGUAGUUUUAAAAUAUUCUUUUAAAAUUAUUUUAUUUAUUUACAUUCCAAAUGCUGCCCCCUUCCUUGUACCCCCUCCUCGAGUUCUUCACCCCCUCCCCACUCCCCUUUGCUUUUGAGAGGGGGCUCCCAUUCACCUACCUACCCUCACCCCAAUAACAUCCUCCUUCCCCCUGGGGUAUCAAGUUUCUACAGGAUUAAGGCAUCCUCUCCCACUGAGGCCAGACAAGGCAAAAUCCUCCGCUAUAUUUGUGCCUGGAGCCACGGACCAACCCGUGUAUGCUCUUUGGUUGGUGGCUUAGUCUCUGGGAACUCUGAGGGAUCCAGGUUCUUCCUAUGGGGUUGCCAUCCUCUUCAGCUCCUUCAGUCCUUCCCCUAACUCUUCCAUAGGGGUCCCCGAACUCAGCCGGAUGGAUGGUGGGCUGUUAGCAUCUGCAUCUGUCUCAGCAGCUGGUAGAUCCUCUCAUUAAAAUAUUCCGACGGUGAAAUCCAUUUUAAAGAAGACAGCAGGCCAGUCCUGCAGCGCACCCUGCUGGCUGCAGUUCUUACAUGCUUUGGAAGUUCUGCGCCCUCUGCUUGCACCAUUUAUUUAACUAUUUUUGUCAGUGGACUGGUUUGAGAGUUUUGGUUUUGAGUGGCUGCUCGGAAAAGCCAUCUUUGUAUUGUUCCCGGAUCGUGCUCCACGCUCACUGCAGCCACCUUCGCCACCCACCACCUCCUCCAACGCGGACUCUGGCAGCUUUCUCGCCAGAGUCCUCGAAAUUCGACUAAUUCCUUACUCACAGCAUCGGACCACCGGCGUGCUCCACCAUGUCAGACGCGGCAGUGGACACCAGCUCGGAGAUCACCACCAAGGAUUCGAAGGAGAAGAAGGAAGCUGUGGAGGAGGCAGAGAAUGGAAGAAAUGCACCUGCCAAUGGGAACACUCGAAAUGAGGAAAAUGGGGAGCAGGAGGCUGACAAUGAGGUAGAUGAAGAAGAGGAAGAAGGUGGGGAGGAAGAGGAGGAGGAGGAAGGUGAUGGUGAGGAAGAGGAUGGAGACGAAGAUGAGGCUGAAGCUCCUACGGGCAAGCGGGUAACUGAUGAUGAUGAUGGUGGUGGUGAUGAUGAUGAUGAUGAUGAUGACACCAAGAAGCAGAAGACUGAUGAGAAUGACCAGACAGCAAAAGGAAAGGCUAACCUUACGCACCGUGACCUAUUCACCCUCCACUUCCCGUCUCAGAAUUUAAACGUUGGUCACCUUCGAGUAGAGAGUAGAGUAGUGCCACCCACAGAUGACAUGCGCUCUCCACCACACCGCCAGAACCACAACAUGAAUUGGCAACAUGGGAGGAGAAAAGAACCAGAACGUCCUAGGCCCUGCUUUUUUUUCUUAAAAGUACUUUAAAAGAAAAAUUUGUUUGCAUUUUGUAUUUGCAUUUUAUGUUUUUGUACAUAUUAUUAGGGGU